ACGGCCAUCUACAUGGGAUCCAGCAUCUUUGCGCCCGCCAUCCCCGACUUUGCCCACGACCGUCAGACUACCGACGUGGUGGCCGCGCUGGGUAUUUCCCUCUUCGUUUGGGGCUAUGGGCUUGGACCACUGCUCCUUUCGCCAAUCACGGAGGUGUCCUUCAUUGGGCGAAACGAUAGUGUGGCUGGCUUCCUCGUCCUGCGCUUCUUGGCCGGAUUCGUCGGUAGUCCCGUCCUGGCGACGGGUGGAGCUACAAUCGGCGACAUCUGGGGCUACGGAGGCGGCUUUGCCAACGCGCUGGGAUGUUGGGGGUACUCGGCAGCCGCCGGCCCCGUUGUGGGCCCCCUCGUCGGAGGCUUUGCUGUCGAUGCAAAGGGUUGGAGAUGGUCUAUCUGGCCUCUGUUUUGGGCCUCGGCCGCCGUCUGGAUCUUUAUUUUCUUCCUUCUGCCCGAGACAAGUGGGGCAACCAUCCUCUCUCGACGGGCAGCCCGCCUACGCAAAGUGACAGGAAACGCACAGCUUCUGUCCGAAGGCGACUUGCACGAUCGAUCCAUUCACCCUUCGGAGCUCGCCUUCAACACGCUCGUGCGGCCGUUUGAGCUCACCCUGCUGGAACCAGUGGUGCUCUUCAACAAUCUGUACAUCGCCCUCGUUUACGGUGUCCUGUACUGCUUCUUUGAAGCCUUCCCUCUGGUCUUUGAGGGCAGGCAUCACUUCAACGGCGCACAGACUGGUCUUGCUUACAUCGGCAUCCUCAUCGGCGGUGCGCUGACCCUGGGCGGCUACUGCGUCUUCAACAACAAGUUCGUCACGCCCAAAUAUGCCGAGGGCACCUGGAAGCCAGAAUAUCGAAUGCUGCCCGUGAUGCUGGGAGGCAUCGCGCUGCCGGUGUGCAUGUUCUGGUUCGGUUGGACAAGCUUCGAAUCCAUACACUGGAUCUCUCCCGUCCUGGCCUCUUCGCUUUUCGCCCUCUCCAUCUAUCUUCUAUUCCAGGGGAUCCUCAACUACCUCGCUGAAAACUACCCCCGGUACAUGGCCUCGGUUUUCGCGAGCAACGACGUCAUGAGGGCGGGUGUCGGAGGUGCCUUUCCCCUCUUCUCGACUGCCAUGUUCAACAAGCUGACCAUCCAAGGCGGCUGCAGUCUCUUGGGUGGUAUCGGUCUGCUCAUGCUUCCACUGCCUUUUGUCUUGUACUACUACGGACCACGGCUUCGCGCGGCGUCGAAGCGCGCCAGCGCAUAGCGAAGCGACAGAAAACCCGAGUAGAUCU